UGGUGAAAGGCUCAAGGUUGUCUCUGUUGUUGGAUUUGGAGGAUUGGGCAAGACAACUCUGGCUAAAGCCGUGUAUGACAAGCUUAAAAAGAGUUUUGAUUGUGCCGUUUUUGUUCCAGUGGGUCAAAGUCCAGACACAAAGAAAGUUCUUAGGGAUAUCCUCCUUGAACUUGACAGGGAGCUGUACAAAGCUUCAGCGACAAUGGAUGAAUGGCAGCUGAUCAACCAGCUGCAGACGUUCUUAGUAGGCAAGAGGUACUUCUUUGUGAUCGAUGACAUAUGGGAUAUACGAACAUGGGAAAUGAUUAAAUGUGCUUUCAUGGACAGUCAUCCAGAAAGUAGAUUAAUCAUAACUACUCGUCUUGUUGAUGUUGGCACAAAAGCUGAUGGUAUCUACAACAUGGAACCACUUUCUAGUGAUAACUCAGAAUUAUUAUUCUAUACAAGGACAUGUGGUGGUGAAGGACUAACUUCAUCUAACCAACAUGUUGAGGUGACUAACAAAAUUUUGAAGAAAUGUGGCGGUGUGCCAUUAGCUAUCAUUACAAUUGCUAGCUUGCUUGUUGGAAAGCAGAGUGAGGAUUGGUCUAAGGUGUAUGACGCCAUUGGUUUUGGGCAUGAGGACAGCGAAGUUGUUCAGAACACAAGAAAGAUAUUGUCUUUUAGUUAUUAUGAUCUACCUCCGUAUCUGAAGACAUGUUUAUUGUAUCUAAGCAUGUUCCCUGAAGAUAGCUUUAUUGAAAAAAAAACACUCAUAUGGAGGUGGGUCUCUGAUGGUUUUGUCCCAGAUAGGUCCUUUCAGUUAGGAGAGAGCUAUUUCAGCAAGCUAGUAAAUAGAAGCAUGAUCCGGUGGAUAGAUCGUGAUGAUAUUUUGAAUGGCGAAAGUGGUUGUCGUGUGCAUGACAUGGUGCUCGAUCUCAUCCGCACCAUAUCAAAUGAAGUAAACUUUGUUACAGUACAUGAUAUGGAGCAUCACGUCACAUGUCCAGGAGGAAAGUCAACCAACAAG